GCAAAAUCACCAUCAACAUCUUGAAGAUUCAUGCUUUGGCUUUAAAAUCACUUCAAAAUGACGACAACAAAGAUGAUGUUGACGUCGUUUUGUCUAUUUUAUAUGAUCUGUGCUUGCAUUGCCCAAAGAUGGUUAGGACCAAGACCUAAACCUUACGACCGCCUUACAGAAGCAUGUCCGAUGUACGCAAGCGUGAAGUUACGCGAGAACAUUGUCAGGUGCAAUUGGAAUUGUUUGGAUAAACUUGCUGCAAUGGACGAGGAGGUGAAUAUGUACCCGCGCCAUUUUAUGAAACGACUUUACAAAUUGGGAACGGACGGGCAUUUGUGUUACGCACAGAAUGGCCAAGCGGUAGAGAUCGCACAUCCGUGUGAGGCUCUUGACCUAGCUUGCAGUAAAGGUAACCCUCAAAGGGUGGACUUCUGUUGGAGAAUCGUCGCAUCACUCAUGGUUGAGAAUCGCCCCCAAAGGCCUCACGGUCCCCAGAGGCCUCAGGGUCCGCAAGCUCCUCGACCAAAUCCCCCUGGCCGUGCAGGUUGGGGUAUGGCUCAGGAUCCCCAAGCUCCUCAGGGUCCGCAAGGUCCUCGAACAAGCCCUCCUGGCCGUCCAGGUUGGGGUAUGCCUCAACUUCCCCAAACUCCUCUACCAAAUCCACCUGGCCGUGGUGGUUGGGACAUGCCUCAGUCUCCCCAACCUCCUCAGGGCCCCGAAGCUCCUCGACGAAACUCCCCCGGCCGUGGUGUUUGGGGCAUGUAAAAGUCUUUCAACUGAACAAAUCCAUUUUGGCUUCAGUGGUGCUGGAUGAUACGUGGGGCGAAAAUGGAAUUGGUGCUGUUUCUAAACAGAAUAUAAAGACAAAAUAGGGAACACAUUACGUCAAUAUAUAUAAAUUCACUGUCAGCAUAUCAUUCUUGACGAUGAUGCGACUGCCAGGUAAAACUUUAACGGCAUGACUAUUCUUUAAAAAGGAAUUCAAUCUUGGAAAUGAAUGGAUGAAACAACAAGACAAAAAAAUAUUGGGGGAAAUCAAGACUGGAAUUGGACUAGGAAUAAGAUUUUUUCCGUAACUUUGAUUACCAAGACAAGGUAAUUCUCUAAUUAGCAAUUUAGUGAAUAGUUCGUGCCGAUUGGUCAUGUUGGUAAUGAACAACCUACCUUUUUAUUUUGUGCUUGGUUUUUAUGCAUUUGAGUUUUUAUUUGAAUUACCUUUCGUAUGAAACCCUCAUUCAUCAACCCCCUGAGAGACCAUGGAACGUUCUCGGUAUUUCAGUGGUCUUUCAAUGGACUUUCAUGGGUAUCCGAGGACUUACAGAAUUUUGAACCCGUCUUUUAAUAGUCGUGGUGCGCAUUGGCACCAUAGCUCUUUGAAAUGGUUCAAACAGUCUUUAAGCGAUCUCUUGAUGAACUUUCAAAGGUCUCGCUUAGUCUUUCCGUGAACUUGUGACAGUCUUUGAAAAUCUUUGCCGCGAUCACUGAAAGAUUCAUGAGAGAUCUUUGAAAGAUCAGUGAAAGUCCAUGAAAAGAUCAGUGAAAGAUUUUCGAAAAGCAUUCGUUUCAUAAAAGAUCUUCGAACGACCGAUAAAAACUGUUGUGUGACCAUUGAAAGAUAACUGAAAGACAAGUCCUAGGUUUUUAUUGGAAGGAUUCCCCAGAGAUCAGAAUUUGAGUUCUCUUGGAGAUUGCUGAUAGACCUUGCAAAUUUUCAGUGGUCUUUCAACUUUCUUCUAUAUUCUUAGUGCUCCUUAUUGGCUAAAGAUAUCAUUCCCUCAAUUAUUGGAUGAAAUGGAGGAGUCCUUAUUACCCUAUAUCAGAAUGACAUCACCUUUGUGGCCAAAUUGACAUUCAUUUCUUUUUCUCUCUACAUUUCUUUUUAAACUUGAUGGAUGAUGAUCAGUCAAACUGUCAUCAUUAUGAAACCAUCUUCAUAUUUUAGUUGAUAUGAGGCAAACGCCGAGACGAAGAAAACAACAGUAAUUGGAAAAAAAUAUAUAUGUACAUGUAUGUAAAUAAAAUCAAUUAAUGUUAA